AUGCAGCAGCAGCAUCAUCAUCAUCAUCAUAAUCAUCAGAAUUGGAACGCCUACGUCCAUCCGAUGCAUAAUGAUAUCAUGAGAAUUGAGCAUAGUAUGAAUGCGGAAGCCUCGUUUGCCGCUCGAUUCAAUUCGCCGAGCUCGUCGAGCAUUCCAUCAACGAGCAAAUCGUAUUCUAGCGACUCUCUCGAUAUCAUGUACCAGCCGCAACAGCAACCGCACGCGCAACCGCAAUCGUCGCACGUCCACCAACAUCUUGGCGCUCAUCAUCCGCCGCCGACGCCUAGUAUGGUCUAUCCGCCGUAUCAGAAUUUUUACACGUGCUAUGAGCAGAUGACAAUGGGCGAUCAGGAGAAGAAGAAAUUGGAAAGAAAACGAGCCAGGAAUCGGCAAGCAGCAAGCAAGUGCCGUCAGAAAAAAAUGGAUCGUAUAAAGGAACUUGAAGACAUGGUUAAUUAUGAAAAGCAGCGUGCCGCCCGUCUUGAUGUCGAGUACGAACAAUUGCAGAAUGCCCUCAACAGCCUUCACGAGAUUAUAAAGAAACAUUCUGGAUUUGGAUGCGCCACACACGGAAUCGUCUAA